UUUUGUGCUGCCAAAUUUAUCCGAAAUAUAGGACACAGUACAGUACUGCACCAAAGUCGAAUCUGGCCACACGCUUCAACUUUUCUCCUCUUUUUGGGCGGAAAAAUUCCAUGUUACUGGUUUUAUUUUACUAAUAUUUGACUCUUUUUUGUGUCCCACAACAAAAAUCAGGAGUUAAUUUUGGACAGUGAUUCGAUCCCCUUUUUCUAUGACCGGAAGUCGAGGACCUCGAGGUCAUCUUGCGCGCACCUCGACUAAUUCUGAAACCUUAAAGUCGGCGCAAGGUUGGAAAUAUAUAGCUUUCUUAAAAUUUAAACAUACGACCUCAUACACUUAUUUGCUUUCUCAUGUCAAGUAAAACAAAGUGCCCUAAAACAAACUCUUUGGAGUUGUGUUCGAUGGUGGUUGUGUCCGAAGAUGUAAUGGAAUGCUAGCAGUGCUCAUGCUCUAUGUAACAUUCUAAAUCUCCCAAUUUUAAAACCAGAUUCUUGUUUUGGAACUUACCAAUCUCUCUCUCUCUCUCUCUCUCUCUCUCUCUCUCUCUCUCUCUCUCUCUCUCUCUCUCAUUCAUUUGAGGACAACAUAACACACCAUGUGCACAUGCAUCACUAUCUUGCAUCAUUUUCCUUUGACACAAGGUAUCCCCAAUAUUUCCCCACCACCAACCAUCCCCUCAUGCAUCUCCACCACUAAAAGCCCAUUCUCCUUUACUCCUUUUUGUCACAAAAUGCAAAAAAGUCCAAGAAAUACAGCUCCUCACUUCCAAAAGCAUAUCCCCUCAGAGUACGUACUUAUGUCUACCACAUAAUUCCACCUCCUCCAGCUAUCACCCAAUCAACUUCUUCUUCACCAUUCCAAUCCCACCACCAACACCCCUCCCUCCCAUCUAAACACCUCUAAGAAUAAGUGCCAGCUACCCCUGAAAGUAACUUUUCCCAAAUGUAGUACAAAAUGAAACUCUUACGAGUACAUUUACUUUAAACUGUUAGUUUAGGAAAUAAUUAAGCAUGUUGUAGUUGCAGUUAGAGAGAGUAAAUCAAUAGAAAUCUAAUGAACUCAGAACUUCUUCUUCUUCGCCGCCGCCCCUCCUUCAAUUUUCCUCAUCAACAAAAUCGUAAACAAAUUCAUGAUCCAAACACAGUCUACGAAAUUUGAGCUGAGAGAACAAGGUUGGGAUAUCAAUUUAAUAUCGCUUAACCAUAAAGACAUCAAAAUCAAUGUAGCUUAUUUUCUAAUAAUUUUCAUCAAAUACCAGUGAACCAAGCAAAGAGCUUAACUAUAAGGAGUUUUUGGAUUGACCAAAGCAAAGAGCUUAUACACAGAAACAUCACAUACGCCAAUUAAAUCGAAAGGAAAGACAAAAUUAACAGAAGAACCACAAAUAGAGUGACCAAGUCUUUCUUAUUCGCCUAUGUCAAAAUGGUAGAGCAGAGUCAUGACAUCCGAUAUAUCUCCAAGCCAAUCUCAUCCCUCCUCACAAAUCACAAAAUGUAGCUCCAAAAUAUGCAACCACAAAAAAGCAGCAAGAAAAGAAACAAGAAAAAUAAACCUGGAGGGAUAAAAAUAUCACAAAUAAAAUUUCAAUCUACAACAAAUUACGAAAAGUGCAAAUCAAUUACCACCCAGGUGAUUAAAUAAGGAUAACUGCAGCAACCCCUCCAAUUCCAAACAAGGCUAGCAUAGCCCUGCUGCUUCCAUGCAUGAAAGCUCCCGAUCCGGGGGUGGGGGUAGAGGCGACCGGUGGGGGGACAAGCGAAGGCGCAGGCGAUGUGGGGGAGGGCGCAGGCGAUGUGGGGGAGGGUGCAGGUGGACUGGUGGUGGGUGGCAUCUCAGGAGGAGCCAUCGGUGCCGGUGGUGAGGGUGGUGAGCUCAUGGACGGGCCAGGGCUCAUGGUCGGGGGAGACAUCAUCGGUGAUGGGACACUUGGUGGAGGAGCCGUUAUAGUCGGUGGUGGUGCCGCCAUUGGUGGUGGGGUUGAAACCAUGGUGGGUGGUGUUGCCAUGGGGGUUGGAGGUAAAGCUAUAGACUGAGCCAUGGACAAUGCCACUAAAGCAAGUGACAUGGUUACCAUGAGCAUGGCUUGUUUGAGAGCCAUGACUCUUGUGAGUAGGAAGAGGGUGUACACAAUAGGUUUUGAUGAGAGAGGAGGGGAGAGAGUAUUUGGAGAGCAGGAAUGUUGUUUUCUGAGGAAU